GCGUGCCGCUUAGCCACGACGAAUAUUGACUAUAAACAACGAUUAACCCUUAGGGGUGAAACGCAACAGAAAUCUUGUAAUUUUUCCCGCACGAUUAUGUCCACCGCCGCCUAACCACGACGUUCCAAUUUGACGCGAAAAAUUUGAAUUCUCAAAUCGUUUUAUUCCUCCAUUGUGCAAUCAAUCAGCUGGCUUGUGUCAUCGGUCUCACGAAUCCACAACUACAAACUGUUCGGACUAGAAUUACUAUGUUAAUGAUAAGAGACUGGAAACCCUAUUGUUAUUGUCCCGAGCGCGAUGGUUCGUUUUUCGGAUAAUUAAUAAUACUAUAACGAUUCAAUUAUAUUAUUAUUGUUACUGGUGCCACUAUUGUCAUUGCCGAGAGAACGAUUCUCUGGUAAUUACAUGUAGAUUUUAAUUUUAGAAAUAAUUUCUUGAUGUUACACAAAUACUACAAAAUGACGAAAUCUAUACUUUAAUUAAUUUAACUAGUCAGUUCAUUAUUACAAACACUAUGCAUUGUUUACAAUAUACUUAAAAUCAUCUACUGUUAUAACUAGAGAUAAUUAUAAAAUGGCAGGAAAAACUCCAUCUGAAAAAAGACUUCACAAGGAACUAAUAUCUCUUGUUAAAGAGCCUCCCCCAGGAAUGAUUGUUGAUGCAGAUCAAGCUGAACAAAAUCUUAACACAUGGACUAUAAAUAUGCAAGGUGCUGAAGGUACUUUAUAUGAUGGAGAACUAUUCCAAUUGCAAUUCAAAUUUGGUUCCAGUUACCCUUUUGAGUCGCCUGAAGUUACAUUUGUGGGCCAAAACAUUCCAGUUCACCCACAUGUGUAUAGUAAUGGACACAUUUGUUUGUCUAUUCUUACUGAUGAUUGGUCACCUGCACUAUCAGUUCAAUCUGUUUGUCUAUCAAUUAUAUCUAUGCUAAGCAGUUGCAAAGAAAAGAAAAGACCUCCAGAUAAUAGUUUUUAUGUAAAAACGUGCAACAAAAAUCCAAAAAAAACAAAAUGGUGGUAUCAUGAUGACAAAGUAUAAAGUUUUGAAGAUCCAUUAAUUAUAUCUAUUCACUAAGUAUUCUCAUUUAGUGAAAAUUGUGAUCUUAUUAUUAUUGCAAUUAAAUGUUCUCACUUCAACGAAAUUAUUAAUUAGAACAUGUAUCUA